GUUUUAUAUUUGGUUGAAACUUGCUUGUUAUGAGACACUCAGCCACAUUGAUUUCGCUUUUCUUUAAGACCCUGCCUGCCCAGUUUGCUGUUGAUUCCUGCCAUAUUCUUUGCACCAUGUCAGCAAUCACCGACAAGAUAUUCUUUCGUUUGGCCAUUGCCAAGUCAGACGGAACAAUGACCACCGACAAGAUUAUUCCAUUCCCACAUAGCAAUGGUAUUGUGAAUAUGCGUGAAGUCCAGGAAGCAUUCGGCCUGCAGAGUGUCGAAAGAGUCGGUUCCACCCUUGCGGAUACGCAACCCAUUUACACCGAUGCCAGAGGUGGAAACUUGGUUCCGUUUAUGCCUGGAGAAAUUGUGUUGAUAACGGGACCAGAAGGUGUAGAACGAAAGCAACCUUUUGGCCAAACUACAUGGUCGCAUGUCCUAGAGGCUACCGGCUGCAAGUAUAAUGGAGAGGAAUGGGAAAUCAGAGCUGAAAUGGAAAUGAUUGAAGAACCGGACGAAUGGUUAUUACAAUCCCUUCAACGGUAUAUUUCCAUAUGGCCUCUGACCAGUGAACACGCACGGCGGGCCAUUAUAGAUCUCAUUCUCACUGCAGUGCUUAGCCGCGCUGAAUUUAAGAAGCAGUUACGGCCCUACACUGAAAAAACCAUGGGAAUUUCUCAGCUCACUCCUAGUGGUAUGCGUACGCUGUCCGGUCGUCCUGAUUACCUCAUCGGUCACGGUAAUCUUGUGCCCAUAACUGUACCGGAUCCACAACACGAAUCCCAUCUGGUAGUCUUGGAAGCCAAACUUGCAUGGGACGAGGAACAAGAUAUACUGCAAUGUGUAGCGGGUGCAGCUGUAGUACAUGCAAAAAGGCGGGAAGCUAACAAAAGUAACCGGAAAACGUGGGGUGUGCUAACCAAUGCACGUAUCUGGACAGGAUGUGCAAUUGACGAUAACGGUGAAAUUAGCAUCGCGGGGGAUCCGUUCAUUCUGUUCUAUUAUAGAACGAGAAGAGAUCUCGUAUGGGCAGAUAUCAAAGACGUGUAUUCCUUUAUUGUUCAUAUUAUGAGGCUCUCCUAUGAGGCUUCUCCGACGACAACACCAUGUACAUCGGUAGAAUCAAUGGAAGGUUAAUUUUAUUUAAUUAGUAUCAGGGGUUGAGUUGAUCACAUUCGAUUCCAUCCGC